UGAAAUCUAAAGAAUAUAAAAGAAGUUUUCAUUCACCAUUUGGGCAUGAAAAGAGUCUAUUCAAUGCAAUACUUGUAUCGUGUAAUUUUGAUUAGUGUAAGUGAGAUAGGAAUUCAGCUCUCAAUACUAAAUAUCCGAAAGACAUUAGCACACACAAAAAUAGCCUACGUAGCAAAGUAUAAAGCUUUAAUAGAUUUAGAUAAAUAGGAGUUAGACAUAAAAUGUCUAAGGAUGAUUUUGAAGAUAGUGGGACCCAACAUUUAAAUGAUGCUACAUGUAACACGGAGUCCGCGUCAACUUCAAGUAACAAUGGAAACCAAGAUUGUCAACAAAACUGCGAUGCCACUGUUGGUACUAAAAGGGUGAAAAAGAACAGUAGCACAAGAAAGACGACAACAAGUAAAUAUAAACAUCGUGUAACAAACGAGCCAGAUGUGACAAGACGGAAGAGGAGAUUUAGUGAAACUGAAGUCAAAAACUACAACGAUACCAUGGAAGAUUCUGAAAGCAACGGUAAAAAGAAAUUGCGACCAAACUUGCAAACAAGGGGCAAUAGAACCUUUGAAGAUCAACUUAAAAAUGGAAUGGCUUCGACACAAGGUUCAAGAAGGAAAAGACGGUCACUAUCACCUGAGAAUGAGCACGUACAUGGAAACAACAAAAGGUCCCGAAAAGAAAAGACAGAAACACAGAUAAAUCUUGAACUAGGCCUGUCAGCUUUACACAAGAAUUUCAAAAUAAUACAUCGUGAACUCUGUAUCGAGGAUCUGAUGACUGAAAAUAGCCAGAUCUCAUCAUUACUUUUUAUUGAAAAAAGGAGACGAUUAAAGAUUGAUAAACUGUUGUCUGAAUUGGAGACAGACCGUGAAUUAAUAGGAAUUUUUUUUCAAAAUCUUGGAAAAUCCGAAACAAACCGUCCACUUGCUGAUAAAUUGAAACAACCUUGUUCGUCUCCGUCUUCUGAAACAUUUGAUUCUAGUGAAAAUCUAGUGGAAAGAUUUUCUCAACAAACUUGGUAUAUCAAGCAAAGCUUAGAACCAAUAGAUAUAAUAGCUACAGCGGUAGAGUUCGAGGGAGUUCAAUUCAAGGACAAUUACAAUAUUUCUAAAGCGGAAACUAGACAAGAGCGUGUAAAUAUAUUGUUCGAGGCGAUAAACAGAUUAGAGACUAGAGACAAGUGGAGAAUCUUGAAACCUUUAUACGACCACUUGCUUGAAGAGACUGAUAAUGAGACCACUUCAACACCGGUAGUAACAGUUCGAGUCCCACAAGAAACGCAAAGACACGAAACAUUUUUAAAUGAAGACAUCUGGAACAAUUUGGCAAAUUUGAGUUUAGAAGAAAUUGAUGCAGAAACUAGAAGAUUAAGGAAAUUAUUUGAAGGAUUCUCCAAAACUUCUUUGAACAUUCAUUUUGUCGAGUGCGGUCCAAAUGAUGUAAAAACUAUAAGAAAGUUUUGUGAGGAUGGUCAGUUGGAAUCCCUCUUAGUUGCGAUGAUUGAUAAGGGGGCUAUCAACAAAUUGAUCCAUCUCGGGCAAAUCGUUGCUCAUGUUUCAUUGUACAAUGGUUUCAAGAUACAAGCAUGCCUUUGUUACCUAAACAAAGAGACCUUCAAAGAGAAUAUGAGCUAUAUAACGGAAAAAUGCAGCGGAUUCGAGAUUCCAUUUAUUGACACUUUGAUAGGAAGUAAAUCACUUACUUCAAAGAUGACAAAUGCCAUAGUUUAUAUAAAAAGAUCAAGCAAGACCACAGACAUUCCCUCGGAGAUAAUUGAAUUUCUAAAGCAAGAUGAUGUGCCUCAAAUUUGUUUUUGUUUUCUUCAAAAAGUUCUUACCGAUAUGAAGGGACAAGACAUCGUACAACAACUCUUUAAAGGAGAAAUUCAUGAGGGGUUUGUCGUUGAACUAAAACGGGAUAUCACAACAGAUGUUGUAAAAAGGAACGCCAAAUAUCUAGAAGAGGAGAUUGAAGCAAAAUGUUUUGUAACUGCACUUUCAACACAUGUGGGCAAACGAGCAAAGCUUUUAAUAAAGGAAAUCAUGUCAUUAGAAUCUAGACAAAAUCGGAAUACGGCAUUGAUUGAGUUUUUGUCCACAGAACAAGAUAUGUCGUGGUUUCAAGAAGAGUUGCAGCGGUAUUACAGCUAUCUGGCGGACAUUUUGACGACGCAAAUAAACACUAACAAAGAAGUUGUCACAGAGUUCAGACGUGUAUUAUUUGGAUUGAACGAUGUAAUCCAAGAUGACCUAGAUCCAUUGCUGUUGGCAAAAUAUCUGACUCAAUCAUUACUUGACCGGAUUUCUUUUGAUGUAUUGCAAAGAGAACAAAAUAGAAGAAAGAGGUCAUCGAUGUUUAUGACCACUAUACUCAGAGAUGAAAACAGUACAAUUAUUCCGGAAGUGAUAGAAGCAAUGCGACAUGAUUACAAUGGUUUGGUCAAUGUAGUGAGAGAUGUUGUUCAGAAUGGUUCCUUAUCAACAUACUACAAGUGUCCAAGAAUAAAUGCUCAACAGUCAAUUUUGCGUACGACUAUAAAUCUGACUGAUGGUAUUUGCAAAAGAGCAGAGGCAGAAACCUGGCAAUUUCGUAUGAUUAAACAAUACUCGUUUAUGAAAAAUGAAAUAUCAAAAGUUGAAGCAAUUGAAAUAGCAGAAUAUUUGUAUAGUAAGAACCUAGCAACAGAGGGUGAUGUACAGGAUAUUAAAGAAUCUUCUAGACGGAGAAAAGCCGAUGAAAAAUUAUUGAAACUUGUUUUGAAUGGCACAUAUGAAAUGUAUCUGGAGUUCAAAACUGCCUUAAAUAUGUUCAAUUUGUCACGCGCGUCCGAGAAACUUCAGUCAGAAACAAUUCAAGAUGUAAGUGAAGGUAUGAAUGCCGGCAAAGAAAAACUGAAAUUUAAAAAUUUAGAAUAUGACAUUCUCAUGGGAGAACUUAAUGAAAGAAAUUUAAUAGACAAGAUAAACGACAAACUGCUCUCCAAUCAAAUAUUUAGCUCUCAGAUGCAUACAGAUGUUGUCAGAUGUUCAUUCAAAAGAUCACAAAGAUUGCAGAAAUUGAUAAAAUUCUUAGAAACCUGUUCCAAAUGUGUCUUGCCUACGUUUUUGGAGAUUCUUGAGGAAUUAGAAAAGAAUAACGUCACUGAAAAACUUCAACGAAUGCAGCAUUGUACUGGUAAUAAUCCUCAUACCUUAUCAUAA